AUGGCGACCACGACGUCGAACAUGUUCCUGUACUCACUGACCAUCCAGCCGCCAACGACAAUCACGCAGGCGCUGCUUGGUCAGUUCUCGGGUACGAAGGAGCAGCAGAUCAUCACCGCGUCGGGCUCCCGCCUGACGCUUCUGCAGCCCGAUCCAAGGCAGGGCAAGGUCAAUACCAUUGUAUCUCAUGACAUCUUCGGCAUCAUCCGGGCAAUGGCCGCAUUUCGCCUUGCCGGCAGCCACAAAGACUACAUCAUUCUAGCCACAGACUCGGGCCGCAUUGCUAUCAUCGAGUACCUGCCAAAGGAGAACAGGUUCCAGCGUAUCCAUCUUGAGACCUUUGGCAAGUCGGGUGUCCGUCGCGUCAUCCCCGGCCAGUACCUGGCUGCCGACCCCAAGGGUCGCGCGUGCUUGAUCGCGUCAGUUGAGAAGAACAAGCUGGUCUAUGUUCUCAAUCGCAAUGCUCAGGCCGAGUUAACCAUUUCUUCGCCGCUCGAGGCUCACAAGCCCGGAGUGAUUGUUCUUUCACUUGUGGCCCUUGACGUGGGCUAUUCGAACCCUGUGUUUGCUGCUCUUGAGUACGAAUACUCUGAGGCGGACCAAGACCCCACCGGCCAAGCUGCUAAGCAGCUUGAGAUGCAGCUUGUAUACUACGAGCUUGAUCUUGGUCUGAACCACGUCGUUCGCAAGUGGUCCGAUACCGUCGACCCGACUUCGUCGCUCCUCUUUCAGGUCCCUGGCGGCAAUGAUGGUCCCAGCGGUGUUUUGGUGUGCGGUGAGGAGAACAUCACCUACCGUCACUCAAACCAGGAGGCCUUCCGCGUCCCUAUUCCGCGACGGCGCGGUGCCACCGAGGAUCCGAAUAGGAAGCGGACUAUUGUCGCAGGUGUUAUGCACAAGCUCAAGGGUAGCGCGGGCGCGUUCUUCUUCCUGCUUCAGACCGAGGACGGCGAUCUUUUCAAGGUCACUAUUGACAUGGUCGAGGAUGAGAAGGGCAACCCCACGGGCGAGGUCAAGCGCGUGAAGAUCAAGUACUUCGACACGGUUCCGAUUGCCCACAGCUUGUGUAUUUUGAAGAGCGGCUUCCUCUUCGUGGCGAGCGAGUUCGGCAACCAUCACUUCUACCAGUUCGAGAAGCUCGGUGACGAUGACGAUGAACCAGAGUUCACCAGCGAUGACUUCCCUGCGGAUUGGAACGCGCCGUAUAACCCCGUUUACUUCAAGCCGCGGCCUCUCGAGAACUUGGUUCUCGUUGAGAGCAUCGACUCGAUGAACCCCUUGGUUGGAUGCAAGGUUGCAAACUUGACUGGUGAGGAUGCGCCCCAGAUCUACGCAAUCUGCGGCAAUGGAGCACGCAGCUCGUUCCGUAUGCUCAAGCAUGGUCUUGAGGUGUCCGAGAUUGUCGCUUCUGAGCUUCCCGGAACUCCCUCCGCCGUUUGGACGACGAAGCUCACAAAGUACGACGAGUACGACGCGUACAUUGUCUUGUCGUUCACGAACGCGACCCUGGUGCUCAGUAUUGGCGAGACAGUGGAGGAGGUCAGCGAUAGCGGAUUCUUGACGACAGUGCCGACACUGGCCGUGCAGCAGAUGGGCGAGGAGGGCUUGAUUCAGAUUCACCCGAAGGGCAUCCGGCAUAUUGUCCAGGGUCGUGUCAACGAGUGGCCGGCUCCCCAGCACAGAUCAAUCGUCGCCGCAACCACCAACGAGAACCAGGUCGUCAUUGCCUUGAGCUCUGGCGAGAUUGUUUACUUCGAGAUGGAUGCCGAUGGGUCUCUUGCCGAGUACGAUGAGAAGAAGCAAAUGUCGGGCACUGUCACUUCGCUCAGCUUGGGCAAGGUGCCUGAGGGUCUACGGCGCAGCUCCUUCUUGGCCGUCGGUUGCGAUGACUGCACUGUUCGUAUCCUCAGUCUCGACCCGGAGUCGACCCUGGAAAUGAAGUCGAUCCAAGCGCUGACAGCAGCCCCGUCGUCGCUGCUCAUCAUGUCAAUGGAGGAUUCCACGGGUGGCACGACGCUCUACCUCCACAUCGGUCUGCAUUCCGGUGUCUACCUCAGGACAGUUCUCGACGAGAUCACGGGCGAACUGACGGACACCCGGCAGAAGUUCCUUGGCCCGAAGCCUACCAAGUUGUUCCAGGUUACCGUGCAGAACCAGACUUGUGUUCUGGCUCUCAGCUCGAGACCAUGGUUGGGCUACACUGCUCCUAUCACCAGGAACUUUGUCAUGACACCGCUCAGCUACACCGAGCUCGGCUAUACUUGGAGUUUUAACAGUGAGCAGUGCCAGGAGGGUAUGGUUGGCAUCCAUGCCAAUUACCUAAGGAUUUUUACUAUCGAAAAGCUUGGGCAGACUAUGAUUCAAAAGUCCUGCCCUCUUACCUACACCCCUAAGCGGCUGGUCAAGCACCCCGAGCAGCCGUACUUCUAUGUCAUCGAAGCUGAUAACAACACUCUUCCUCCAGAGCUGCGGGCUCAGCUCCUAGAGCAAUCAGGAGCUGUGAACGGUGAUGCAACCGUCCUUCCUCCGGAGGAUUUCGGGUAUCCCAAGGCAAGAGGACGAUGGGCGUCAUGCAUCGAGAUCGUGGACCCGGUCAGCGAAGAGCAACCGCGUGUGCUCAAGCGGAUUGAGCUUGAGGGUAACGAGGCGGCUGUCAGUGCAGCUGUGGUUCCUUUUGCUAGUCAAGAUGGCGAAAGCUUCCUCAUUGUCGGCACAGGCAAGGAUAUGGUCCUCAACCCCCGCGCAUCGACCGAGGGUGCUAUUCACGUUUAUCGGUUCAUCGACGACGGCAGAGACCUCGAAUUCAUCCACAAGACGAUCAUUGAGGAGCCGCCUCUCGCCUUCUGUCCGUUCCAGGGCAGACUUCUCGCUGGUAUCGGUAAGAUGCUUCGCAUCUACGACCUCGGUCUGAAACAACUACUCCGGAAGGCCCAGGCCGAAGUCUCCCCACAGCUCAUUGUGUCACUGGAUACGCGGCACAAUCGUAUCGUGGUGGGCGACGUCCAGCAUGGCAUGACAUAUGUCGUUUACAAGCCAGACAGUAAUAAGCUUAUUCCGUUUGCCGACGACACGAUUGCGCGCUGGACGACGUGCACGACGAUGGUUGACUACGAAUCUGUCGCAGGUGGCGAUAAGUUCGGCAACCUCUGGAUCGUGCGGUGCCCGGAGCGGGCCAGUCUGGAAAGCGACGAACCUGGCUCGGAGGUGCAGCUCCUGCAUGCUCGCCCUUAUCUGCACGGUGCACCCAACCGUCUGGAUCUGAUGGCGCACUUUUACCCACAGGAUCUCCCCACAAGCAUUUGUAAGACCAAUCUGGUGGUUGGUGGUCAAGACGUGCUUGUUUGGAGCGGCAUCCAGGGCACGGUUGGCGUGUUAAUCCCCUUCGUUACGCGCGAGGAUGCCGAUUUUUUCCAAAACCUGGAGAGCCAUAUGCGCGCUGAGGACCCGCCUCUGGCCGGGCGCGACCAUCUCAUCUACCGCGGCUACUAUGUGCCGGUGAAAGGUGUCAUUGAUGGUGACCUCUGCGAGAGGUUUACGCUGCUGCCCAACGAUAAAAAGCAGAUGAUUGCUGGUGAGCUGGACCGCUCGGUCCGGGAGAUCGAGCGCAAGAUUUCGGAUAUCCGCACUCGGUCUGCCUUCUAA